AUGUCUACAGCUGUCUCGGUCUAUCUCAUUGGUGCACAAUGCACUGGAAAGACUACUCUCCUUGCAGCCUUGAGAGAGACUAUCAAACUGAAGUAUCCUUCAUCGCCAUUUUCCGCAGUUACUGAGGUUGCCCGAGACGUUCUGUCCCAAAACCAGUUUACGCGAGAAGAUAUAACAAGCAAUCCCGACAGAGCAUUACAACUGCAACAGCUUAUCCUCACCGCUCAGUUUGAGAAAGAGACCAAACUCGCACACAGUAUGAUUCUAUCAGACCGGUCAGGGGUAGAUCCUAUUGUCUAUGGGGUGCAGUAUGGUCCUCCUCGCGCCCAGAAGCUCCUCGAAAAGUCACUCGGGUGGCCAUUUCUGCGUGAUCGAAUGAAAAGGUCACUGGUUUUUGUCUGUCCACCGCACAAAGAGUGGUCGACGGACGAUGGAACACGGCUAAUGGCAGACUCGUGGGAGGAGUGGUACAAUGUUCAUCUUACAUUUGCCCGAGUUCUACAAGAAAACGACAUCCCAUUUUACGUUAUCCCAAUGGAACUGGUGGAUCUAGAGGAUCGAGUUGACUAUGUCCUGAAUAUGUGGAAGGUGUACGGAAACCCGGCAACUAGGAUUAGUAUGCAUAUUGAGUAA